CUUCCCGAGAUGCCGCGAUAUACGAGAGGCGCCGCGCGGCGUUUAAACCUUUGUAAAGCCCGCACGCCCUUCGGUUUCGUCGUCUACUGCGGAGCGCACUAUCUGCUGUUAAUUACCAGGUGCAGUGUCGCGUAUCCUGCACGUUGCGGCUGCUUUUCAUGCUUCUGUCGGCAUACCCCCCACAAAAGGGAAACGUUGGCGUGUAAGGUCAAGGGAAUAAAAAGUCAUGUAGAAGAGAGCGGAGAGUCGGCCGCCUUUAUUAUCGAGAUGCUCUAGCGCCCGUACACCACCACCGAUCGCUUGUUUCGGUUACCUCUGACAACCCUCCGUAAUAGAGAAACAGGACACGUCUGUCGGCGCUUGGGAAAUGAACCCUUUCUACGCGAGAGUGAGAGAGAUAGCUGAGGGAUCUGUGGAUGGAGGGAAGAAAAAGAUGAUGGGAUACCUAUAGCAUCUCAGAGAAAGGAAGAUGAGAGAAGUGUAGUCACACUCUUCCUUUCUCUUUGUUGUUUUUUCAAAUAAAAAGGCGCGACUGGGCGCAGCUUUCCAUCAUUCUUGCUCGCUUCCACCUUCUUACAAACAUCAUGUCGAUGCAAGUUAUUAUUGACGGCGUGCUGACGGAAGUGUACCCGGGAGUCGAUAGUGAUGGACUGCCCAUCAUCGAAGACGGCCUUCCAGUCUACGUUACCCCAGGGGGCAUGCCAAUCCGCUUAGACAUGACCCAUGUCACGGUGGGUGCUGCGUCGCAUGGCUCUCCUGAGCGACCGGAGGAUGCUGCGCCCCGUGACUCACCCGAACCGUGGGCGGACGAUCCUGCGCCACAUGGCCCUCCGGAACGUCGGCCGGAAGAGCUGUGGCCCGAAGCGCGGGUCUUAUGCUUAAUUGAUUUGGUAAAAAAAUAUCAGACUGACAUCAGAAAUAAAAAAAAAACCAAAAGACAAAUGUGGCAAAUAAUUUCAGAUCAGAUUAACCUGGAAUUCGGCUGCAAAAUUCUGCCAAAUCAAGUUGAAAAUAAAUGGAGGGCCCUAGAAAGAAAGUACCGCAUGGUAAAACAGCACAACAACAUUUCGGGAAACGACAGGAGGACCUGUGAAUUUGAAGAAGAGCUGGCCGAGGUCCUCGAGAGGCAGCACUUGAUAAAUCCUGUUUACGUCGCGGGGGCAGGACGUCGACGAGUGCAGAGUGCCCAGUCAGCUGCCCCAAGCCCCCAGACACCAGCUGCUCAAAGCCCGCUGCCCAGCACAAGCAGGGCCAGUGAGGACACAGAGGAAGUGGAACCGGCAAGUCCUUUGCCACCUGCAGCCCUGGAAACAGAAGAACCAGAGGAGCAGCAGGAGGAGCAACAGCAGGGGCAGCAGCAGGGGCAGCAACAGCAGGAGCAGCAACAGCAGGGCCCUCCAGCCAAACGGCAGAGACAAGACCCGAACCGGGUACUUAUUGAGGGUUUUUUAAAUUAUUUGAGAACAGCUGAAGAGAACCGAGAACGGCGCCACAACGAGCGCAUGGAGACAGAAGAGAGGCAUCAUCAGGAAAAUCUUGCUGUUGCAAGGCGCUUAGCAAGUUCCCUUGAACAGCAGCAACAGCAACCUUUUUCUGAUGAUGACUAGUCUUCUGGGUGUAUCUACAUAUUACCUCUAAGAAAUAUUUGUAUUAUUUGUGACCCUAUCAUUUUUCUUGUAUUUUUGUUUUGAUUAUUUCCCAUUCGUGAUUUUGUUUUUGUUUUGAUUAUUUCCUGUUGUAUCAUGAUUUUGUGGAUUUGUUAGUAGUGUUAUUUGUCAAUUUCAUUUGCGAUUUUGUAAAUUUUCUAUUGUAGAUUUUUUCUGUACGAUUCUUUAUGGUUGUUUGUACCUUUUAUCCUCUAAUAAACACUUGAUUGUAGAAAUCAGUGUUCUUUGCUUAUUGCGUAAUGUCCUUUAUGCUACAUGCCAUGCCUUGGCUUAAUGAAGUUGUAGUCCCUUCAAAACUUAACCUGUGCUACAGUUUUGGCUACAUCCACCUGUCUUGAGUGAAAAAAACAUAGCCAUGCUUGUUAAGAAACUAAAUGAGCUGCCAAAGUUGCCGAUAUACACAUAUGUGUGUGCACCACACCGUACACAUACAUCAAGUGCAAAAAAAUAUUAUUGCAGUUAUUGAGCAUGCAAAUAGCUUAAGUUACACUGAAAGGACAAUGAUUGUUUUCGCUUUUGAAGAGAAGAGGAUGCAUUUUAAGUUUUCUUUGAAAUGGUGGUGAAAAGUAAGUCAGCCCCUACUUGGCUUUAGCCACUUUUGGUCUCGCUUCCUGCAUUCAAGCCAGAUAUAUGAACCUAUAAUUGGAUAUUAUAUAAUGCACAGUGAACAUGGUAAUGUAGUGAGAACUGACUCACAUAUCAUCUUUGCAGUGCACUUUGUAGGCACUAUAUGGAAGGUUAACAAUGGCAAUGAUUAAUUUACGAAAUACCAAAAUAUAUAUAAUUUUGCACAUUUACACGUU